UCCUUGAAUUGAUGUUGCAGCGAACACAGUGCGCAUGCUCACAGUCUCCGGAUGGGCGCAGUUUCUUUCCCGAUGCAAGAGAUUCUUUCCCGAUCUGUGUUGAAGCGGCUUUGCGGGGCUGGGAAUGGAAGAAGGCCUACGGGCGGGCAAGUUCUGAUGUUCGGCGGUGACUCCGGUUAAAUUUUCCGAAGAGGCGGCCUGGCCUCCCGCCACCUACGCAGAACCUGCUGGGGUCGGGCCUGGGUGGUGGGGCCUUCACAGGGAGCCGGGUAGCAAAAGAAGUGAAAUGGGGGGAAACUCCACUAAACCUCAGUCUGAAAGCUCAUCAGAUGGGGAAAUUGAUCAUGUCACAGAAUCCAGUGACAGUGAACAAAGACAUUUUCUGGGCCCUCUUCCAUGGGAAGGAUAUCCUUACGCAGGAGCCAUUCCUUAUAGGCUUCCUUCUGACACAGAUGUUUUGGAAUUCGGAAGCUUUGAACAUGAAGCAGCUUCACAUCUGCCUCACUACUGCUUUGGAUCCCACUCCCCUGCCAAUCUCGGGGCAUUUCAGAAAGUUUUCAAGCAACCCUUUUCAGUUGGCUUAUCGAAGGAUGAUGAUCAAGUUCCAAGUACAUCAAAACCAAAGGAAGAUUGGUUUGAGGGCUAUAGCCCUAUGGAAUGUGAAUUGGCUGCAGGUGGCAGCAAACAAAAUCAGCCCGGAUGGAUUGGGCCAUUAUUUGGGUUUCCGGCCUCUGGACCUGGUCCCAGUGAAGAUACUCCUCACGUCAGAGGCUCGUUAAACAAGGAAAUCUCAAGUCUCAUGCAAGGAAAAGAUCUAAAGUCUAUAAUCUUAGAGCUCCUGACACAGUGGGACGAUUACCAGCUGUUCCAGCUGACAAAGUUCUACCGGGAGAGACUGAAACAGGCGAUUGAAGAAGGGGUUGAGAGACUCAGCUGGAUGUUAAGACAGGAGGGGAUAUUUCAGUGGACCAGACAUGAGAAAGUCGCCGAGCUUGCGGGGCAAGGAAAAUGGACAGACAGUUCCACACUGUUUCUCAGUCUGGUGAUGGGGAAAGGCUCCCAGGCCCGGAGGGUGAUGUGGGAGUCUUUUGUGAAAAUGCAGCAUGAGUUACCAAAGUUACACAAAAUACUGAAGGAAAUCCAGGAGUUCGCUUCAGUUGGGCAGGAACCAUUGCCUGAGAUCCAGUGA